AUGAGCAGCGCUCGCGACCCCACGUCGAGACUACGAGCCGGGCUCAAUCCGCUACUGACCACCUCCCUGGGCGUGGGCGGGUAUCACAACCAAGCUGGAACGCCUGUGUCGGCAGUCUCUUAUACAUCCAAUACGCCCUUCUCUGCUCAGACCCCGGUGAGUGCCAUUCAACCGUACAAUCCGCAAGAAUGGAUGGGGUCACCGCUUGUCGCCGCGGAUCAGAGACAGCAUGCCCUGAUGGAUGCGCAGCAAUCACCUCCUCCUCCACCACCAUACUCGCCUCCUCGCAGUCAACGACCGGUCAGUGUCGCCUAUGAGUCGCCGGCCGCAAACACAUCUGCGUGCAGAGCGCCACUGCCUGGCUCGCUCCGACCAUCGCCAGAGUCAAAUGCGAACCCGGCAUUUGCUCCGCCUCCGGGGUCGAGCGGUAGAGGGGCCUCUCGUGAUCGCCGGUUUGGCCUUCCAUCGUUCGGUCGAAGGCGUGAAGAGCAAGCAAUCACGCCGCCGGAUAUCCAACCGCCCCGCCAAAUGCCAACAUCGAUAACUUCAUCUCGCCAACAACCCGUCCCGUUGACACUUCAAAUACCCCAGACGAGACCAGCUGAGGCUCCUCAGAAUGCACCUCCCGGUUCGCGUCGUGCCGUCUCUACCCCAGCAACCAUCACCCCGACAUCAGCGAGGUCAAGAUCCGCAUCGCAGCUAAGAUGGGAACCCGGCAUGCCGCUACCACCCCCGCCUCCCGGUCCUCCACCUGCUUCGUCUCGAUCUCAGAGUGCGUCGCGACCGAGCAGCGGGAGUGAGCCCAUAGUCUCGCCGCCUACGAGACGACCGCCGCCGUCGGGUGUAGCGGAGCUGGGGCCUGUGCCACCCACACCGGCAGAUUGGGUCGACGACAGCGAUGCGCGCAGUCGCUCGCCGGCUCAGACCUCGACUGAGGAGUCCAUCUCCAGCGUUGGCAGUCCGAGUUCGAGCCAAGACCACAGCGCUUCAGGGUCCAGUCCAGCUGGCGGUCUGGCAAGGACAGGGGCGGUGAGGGGCGAAAAGACGCUGCUAGCAAGGCGGAAUGAGAGUCGCACACGGCACGGUGUUCGAGGUUCAAUAGAUGGGUCACUAGAAGGUCACCGGCUGUCCGAGAUUGUCAUCCCGCCGUCAGGUGGACUGACGAGGAAGCUGACCAUCAACAAAUCCACCCCUAGGAGCGGACGCGGCAACCAAGAGACACCACAGUCUGGGGACUCCGCUUCGCUGGAGUACUAUCCAGACUCGAGAAACAUCACGCCUCGUGCAACGGGAUCGUCUCAAGCAGAAACACACCCCGGAACACCUACGCCUCCAUUCUCUCCGCAUCCACAGAAGCCAUACGCUGCCAACGCGGGUCCAUCAGGACAAAUCGCCCCGAAGGCCUUGCCAACUCCCCCACCACAUACAAGAUCUGCAUCAUCGUCACAAACCAGGCUCACCCUCGAGCCUAUCGCCCCAGGCCCCCAGUCACCUCGACUAGUCACCAAGGAGUCGGUAGUCAAACAGUCUCCCGAGCAAUUUUGCCGUGGUACCAUUGAGCGUUACAAGGCAUUCGCACACAAGGAGACAGCCGCUGCCGAUGACGCCGAGAGAGUGCGGCUCUUUGCAGAUUUCAUCGUCAAUGAAUCAAGGAUCCGGCGCGAGAGAUACUCGACAGCUAUUGGUGCGAUGGGCUCCGAGAUCUUUGACUUGACCAGGGACCUGUUCAGACCGAUGGCUGCCAGGAGAGAGUCUGUGAACUCCCAGAUCAGCGCGCCGGAGUUCACGCCUCAGUCGUCAGAACCGAGCCGGUCACACAGAGGCUCGUUCGGCUCCGUGUCGCGGGAGGCAGGCCCGUCUAGCGGACCAAGCUCGGCGCCAGCGUCUGCGAACCUCCCGCCGCUGUCGCCUGUGACUGGGCCUCAGAACCAGGGCAACUACCAGUCGAAUUACAUGCCCUCUCUCUCGCCGAUUCUAAGCAUGAGCGUCAGCGACAAUGUUGAUGAGGACGACUCUCGAGGGAGGCCGUCGAGCAGAUGGUGGGAAACGGACUCGAAUGGCGUGCCAGGCGGCAGACUGGAGCGUUCAAAGCGCGAGUCGAAAUACAUGGGAGUGCCCAAAGAAGCACGCGAAGCACUGCAGUGGAUGGACCGGCCAAGCUCGUUUGCAAGCAGCAGCAAGAGGGAUUCCACAGGCGAGUAUCCGCCCGAGAAGACAGGGUGGCACGAUCAACUCCAGGAGAAUAUCAGCACUCCCAAGUCUCACCUGCGCAACUCUCUCGUCUCGUCUAUCUCGUCGCCCAACACGCCAAACGCCAGCCACAUGGAUGUCUCGCGGCUUGUCACACUCCCGCCUCCUUAUCCGCGCCAUCACCCAGCUGUAAACAACAACCAUCCGGAGCUGACUUCGAUCCGGACUGCCGUGCGUGCGAUAUCGGACUUUUCCGAGAUCGAGGCGACCAACGAGCGGUUCAAGCAAAAGAGCAAAGCCAUGCGCGAGGAAGCUGCAGAGGCCGCCAAGAAGCGCAAGCAGGAGCUCAGGAUGAACCUCCAGCGCGAAAUCUCGUGCGGGAACAUGAGCUACAGCGAAGCGGCCGCCAUCGAGUCUGACUCGAACGACGCUGAAAAGGGCCAGCUGAAGGAGCUGGAAAGAAAGGACUUUGACCACUUCCAGAAUGCGGUCGUCAUGCCUCUGAACGAGCUUCUCACGGCCCGCAUAGCCAAGGCGACAGAGCUCUUUGACGAGCUCCGGGGCCGACUGUUCGUCGAGACCCGCCAGGCCAACCCCAACAUGCCCCAGGAGGAAGGCGACGAACAGCCAGAACUCCUCGAGAAGUUGACGCUGCUGAAGUGGAUCUUUGAAGCGCGCGAGACACUGCACCGCGCCAUCUAUGAUCUUCUGUCUGACCGCAACGACCGGUACAAGGAGAUGAUCAUCACGCCAUACCGGCUCGCGGGCAACGAGGAGAAGAUGGCGUCGGCCGAGGCCUUCUUCGCCGAGGACGCGGCCAAGCGGGCGCUGGCCUUCUCGGAGGAGGUGUUCCGGCGCACGCAGGAGUUCCGGGACGUGGUGGAGGAGAGCGCGAUGCGCGGGGUCGAGGUGCAGCUCAGCGCCUUCUGGGACCUGGCGCCGCCGCUGAAGCGGGUGCUGGACAAGAUCCCGCAGGACCUGCAGGGGUUCCACAUCCAGAUCCCGGCCGACGAGUACGACGAGACGCCGAGCUACCGGCAGCACCCGAUGCAGUACCUCUUCUCGCUGCUGCUGCACGCCGAGAAGAGCUCGUACCAGUUCAUCGAGAGCCAGACGAACCUGCUGUGCCUGCUGCACCAGGUCAAGGAGGCGCUGGCGACGGCCAAGGCCAUGGUCAUGGAGAAGGAAGGGCGGGACCGGAGCCGGGUGGAGGAGACGAGGCGGGAGGAGGAGCGGCGGCUGACGGACGACCUCAAGGAGAAGGUGCGGGUCGUGCAGGAGCAGUGGAGCGACGCGCUGGGGGGCACGAUCGGCGGGGUCAAGGAGAGGCUCGGGGAGUGGCUGCUCGAGACGGGCGGGUGGGACGAGAGUCUUGAGGACGAGGGCGUUGGGGCUUCGGGGGUGAGGUUUUGA